AUGGUCCAACUGCUGGACAUUAUACCAAGCAAUGAUGCGUUCACCAUUCGCCAUGACGUACUGAACAAGUGCAUACAAGUUAAAAACUCACGGAUAGUGAUAGCUGACUGUGAGGAGACAAGCGAAGCUUUAUGGAAAUGGGUAUCCCAGAAUCGCCUUUUUCACUUGGGGUCCCAGCAGUGCCUGGGACUCGAUAUAUUCACCAAAUUGCCGUCUCGCCUGAAAAUGGUUGACUGUAACUCGGAGCUUAUGCUGUGGUGGCGAUGCGCCGAUGCUUCCAUCCUCGGUGCGUCUCAGUACAAGGUGACCAUCAAGGGCACUUUUGUAACUGCAAGCAUAAAUGCAACAGACCAGUGGAGAAGCAGCAGUUCCUCUGAUGACAUAUGUCGAUAUCCUUACCACGAGAUUUAUACCAGAGAUGGGAACUCCUACGGAAAGCCCUGUGAGUUCCCCUUUCUGUAUAAUAAGACCUGGCGUCACGACUGCAUUCAGGAUGAAACGCACGCGGGUGGUAAAUGGUGCGCCACGUCUGAAGAUUAUACUCGUGACGGCAAAUGGGGAAUCUGCUUACAACCAGAAGAUGGUUGUCAUGAUAUCUGGGAACACGAGCCGGAGUCUGAAAGUUGCUACCAGUUUAAUACGCAGUCUGCUCUUUCUUGGAAAGAAGCUUAUAUUUCAUGUCAAAGACAAGGGGGAGAUUUGCUUAGCAUCCAAGAUGCAACUGAAUUAAGUUACAUACAAGCUAAGGAUGACAUUGCUGAGAUCUUUUGGAUUGGCUUAAAUCAACUGGACGUUUCUGGAGGUUGGCAGUGGUCAGAUCACAGACCCUUGAAUUUUCUCAACUGGCAUCCAGAUAUGCAGAAUCUGUCCCCUUUGGAUGGGACUAGCUGCGUGGUGAUGAAUGCUACCUCAGGUCAGUGGCAGAGUUACCACUGUGGGACUCCGCUUCCCUAUAUUUGCGAGAAGUCAUUCCAGGAAGUUUCAAAAUUGCCAGAGUUUUGGAGGCACUUGGAGACUCGCUGUAAUUCGGGCUGGCUUCCCUACAACGGCUUUUGCUACAUGCUGGUAAGCAACCAGGCACCUUGGAGCGCAGCGCAUGAGUUGUGCAAGGCAAAUCAGAGUGAUCUCAUCAGCGUGCAGUCGUUAGCAGAUGUCGAAUUGGUUGUUACAAAGCUUCAUAAUGAUGCAAAAGAGGAAAUAUGGAUGGGUCUCAGGAAUGAAGGUGUACCAACUUUGUUCAAAUGGUCAGAUGGCUCAACUGUGUUUUUUACCUAUUGGGAUCAGAAUGAGCCGAAAGUUCCUUUUAACAGCACCCCUAACUGCGUGUCGUAUUCAGGAGAGCUGGGACAAUGGAGAGUCAAAUCCUGUGAAGAAAAAUUGAAAUACGUAUGCAAGAAAAAGGGAGAGAUUUUGAAUGAAACAAAAUCAGAUAAAAGCUGCUUGUUGAAAGAGGGGUGGGAGAAACAUGGAAACUUCUGUUACAAGAUUUAUAAAACGGAAGUAUCGUUUGGAGCACAGUGCAAUCUUACAGUAGUGAACAGGUUUGAACAAGAAUUUAUAAACAGUUUAAUCAGAAAAUACAGCAAAAUUGAAGAAAAAUACUUUUGGAUUGGCUUGCAAGAUCUCAGCCAAUCGGGAAUAUAUUCUUGGAGUGCGGUGGAUGGGGAAAAAAGUGAAGCUGUGACAUAUACUAACUGGAAUUCAAUGCAACCGGAGUUUUCAGGUGGAUGUGUGGCCAUGCCCAGCGGGAAGUCUCUUGGAAAGUGGGAAACUAAAGACUGCAAAACCACUAAAGCAUUUUCUAUCUGCAAAAAAUACAUUGGGCCUCCCAAGGAACCGGAAGUGCUCCCGAAGCCGACCGAUCCCUGUCCUCCUGGGUGGCACAAUGGAUCUGGCCUUGCCUGCUACAAGUUCUUCCACAGUGAAAGAGUGCUGAGGACCAGGACCUGGGAAGAGGCGGAAAGGUUCUGCGAAGCCCUGGGAGGCCACCUGCCUAGUUUUGGUCAUUCAGAGGAAAUCAAGGUGCUUCAUUCUAUCCUGAGAAAAAUCAUCAGCAACGACAGAUGGGUAUGGACAGGAAUGAAUAAGAGGAGUCCAGAUUCCUUGGGAACCUGGCAAUGGAGCGAUGAUAAACCUGUAACUAGUGUUGUUAUGCCACUUGAUUAUCUGGAGGAUGAGUAUGACACAAGAGACUGUGCUGCUUUAAAGACAUUUCAGUUUUCACGGAGAUCGUUAUGGAGAUACUAUUUCCAUGAAGGUAGAGAACUGGAAUUUUACUUGAAGCCUUUUGAUUGUGAGGCUAGACUUGAAUGGGUCUGCCAGAUUACAAAAGGUAGCACUCCAAAAACACCCGAGUGGUACAUACCAGAUGAAAUUGGAAUUCAUGGAGCCCCACUUGUUUUUGAUGGAGCAGAGCUGUGGUUUGUAGCAGAUAAAAACCUCAGCUUCCAAGAAGCUGUUUUCUACUGUCAAAAAAACGAUGGCGAUUUAGCCUCUGUAGAAUCUUACCCAAAACUCAGGACAGUACUCUCUCAAAUAGAAAAGUUAUCGAACAGUGAACAGAAGUGGUGGCUGAAAUUUAUUGAUUAUGGCUACAGCUAUCAUUCACCUUUACAGUUAUUUCCACGUUUCCAUGAUCGAUUCUUGAGGGACUGCUGGUAUGUUUCUAGAAAGAGCUGGUAUAGAGACUACCCAGUUAACUGCAAUAUGAAACUGCCUUUCAUUUGCGAAAAAAAUAAUGCCUCCUUACUGGAGAAACAUGAUCCCAGUUACCGCCCAGUCAGAGGAGGUUGUCCUAAAGAUUGGCUUCGGUUUCGAGAUAAGUGUUUUCUAAAGAUGAAUCCCAAAUCUCUAACGUUUAAUGCAGCUAAUGAAAAGUGUGUAACUUUUGGAGGCUCUCUUCCAUCUAUCUCAAAUCAAGCUGAGCAAGAUUUUAUAACAAGCUUGCUCACUGAUAUGCCAAAAAAUAUUUGGAUUGGUUUGCAGUUUCUGUUCAGCACAAGAGAAAACAAGUGGAUAGAUGAGAGUAGACUAUUGUAUAGUAACUUUCACCCACUUCUGACAGGAAGAUUAAGGAAGAUUCCACUGGAUCUUUUUGAUGAAGAGUUUAACAACCAAUGCGGUGUAAUCCUCAACGAUCCCAAGUCACAGUAUGUUGGAACAUGGAACUUCACUGCCUGUGCUGACAAGCACUUUUUGGGUAUAUGCCAGCGGCCAAUAGGUAUAGGAGCUGCUGAUAACCAGACAGAGCAAGUUCUUAAUGAAACACUGACCUAUCAAAAUGUUCAAUACAUGGUAAUUCUGAAGAAUUUAUCCUGGAACGAUGCCAUGGCUGCCUGCAUAAGUAACAAAAUGCACCUGGUUAGCAUCACGGAUCAGUUCCAGCAGGCUUUCCUUGCUGUUCAGGCUGCCCUUCGUAAUUAUCCGCUGUGGAUUGGACUCUUCAGCAGAGACGGUGGAAAACAUUAUGGCUGGUUGGAUGGCAAACAUGUUAGUUUCAGUCGAUGGUCUGAAGAUGAUGAAGAAACGAGUGAAGAAUGUGUGUUUUUGGAUACUGAUGGCUUCUGGAAAACUUCUGAGUGUUCCUCUGAAAACCGAGGUGCUAUUUGCUAUUUACCGGAAAAGAAGAUCGAAGAAGAACCAGUUACCCAAAUCAAAUGCCCACAUAAGAUUAAAAAUACACCCUGGAUAUCAUUCAGAAACAAUUGUUACACUUUUACGAUAACAAAGAAUAGAUGGCGAGAACUGAAGUCUCAGGAAGCUCACCACUUAUGCAAGAAAAUGAACCCAGAAGCAUUUGUUCUGAGUGUUCGAGAUGAAGAAGAAAAUAACUUUGUUACUGAGCAGCUUCGCUCAUUCAGUGGCCUGGCUAUGUGGGUCUGGUUGGGUGUGAUUUAUGAUAACAGUGAUAAUGUUCUGAAGUGGUAUGAUGAAACUCAUCUGACUUACAAUAACUGGAGACUGGGGAGACCUAACGUAAAGAAGAACAGUUUUUUUGCUGGUGUAAAUCUUGACGGUUACUGGGAUAUUUAUAAUUAUUCUCAAAGUUGGCAUGCUCAUCACUAUAAUGUGUACAGUAUUCUCGCUUGCAAAAUUGAAAGGGGACCUCAGCAACACAAACCUCCAUUGCCUGAGUCUAUUCUGCAUGGAAAUAGCACUUACAGAAUCCUUCAGAAAAAGUUAACGUGGUAUGAUGCCUUGAGAGAAUGCAAACGAAAUGGAAGUGAUUUAGCAAGUGUACACAGUGAAUCACAACAGUUAUUUCUCGAAGACAUUGUCAAGCAGGAUGGCUACCCUCUGUGGCUUGGACUGUCAGUCCAUGAUGGAAGUAAAGCUAACUUUGAAUGGUCAGAUGGAAGUGACUUUGACUAUUAUCCUUGGGAAUUAGAAAACUCAGACACUACUGAGAACUGUGUUAUGUUGGAUACCAGAGGAUCUUGGAAUCGUACAAAAUGUACAAGUGUUGCUGAAGGUGCUAUUUGCUAUAGUCCUCCAAACAAGAGACAAUUACAGCCACAGCAGGUGAGCAGAGCCCCAGGCUGCCCACAAAUCAGUGGAACAAUGCAGUGGAUACAGUACAAGGAUCACUGCUAUGCAUUUGACAUGGCCUUCUACAAUUUUUCAGUAUAUAACGUGGAAGAUGCUAAAAGAGUCUGCAAGAGACUGAAUCCUUCAGCAACCCUUUUGACGAUAGCGAACGCUGAGGAGAACGCGUUUGUCAGCAAACACAUAAGGGAAAACGAUCUGAUCACCAAGAAAGUAUGGCUUGGCCUGGCUCAGAGCGCUAGGGAUCAGUCCUUGAACUGGCUCGAUGGCUCAUCAGUUAAUUAUGCCAACUGGGAAAACAAAACCGCAGAGGACAAUGAGAAAUGCAGCGUUAUCCUCUCCACAACUGGCACGUGGUCUAAAGUUGACUGUGGUCGUAGUCUAAGCAGAGUGGUUUGUAAAGCUCCUGUAGGUUCUAAUCAUACCGGGGUGGCUGUGGCAUUUGCUCUGAUAAUUAUUUCAGUCUUCGUUUGCGGCUUAGUCUGGUAUCUCUAUAAAAAGAAACGUCUCCACUGGAGUGGCUUCUCUUCAGUACGCUAUCAAAGAGGGAUGAAUGAUGAUGAUGAAACUGAUGAUGUGUUCACAAAAGAUAGGUAUUGAGAAACUGUCGUAGGUGAUUUAGCAUGAACUUCACUAUGUGAAGUCAUAAAGAAAGAGGUACUUGACGUUUUAUUACUUCUUUUCGAAAAAAGAUUAAGAAGGUUGUUAAUGGAGGCUAAAUUCUGCUCUUUUAUAGAAGUGUGCAAUUUUUAUUCAAGUCCAUGGUAAUGAUUUACGUUUGGCCUUACCUCUGUAAGGAACAAGAUUUCUGGAGUUCUGUAAUAUUUUUAAUUUAGAUCAUUAUUUCCCCUCUUUACUGGAAAGUAUUUUUAAUGGAAUAAUGAACGCCAAUAGUACUUCACCCUAACAAAUGUAUUUGAAAUUGCUACAUGAAUGCUGUAACUCUGUACAAUUACCAAGCAAUAGCUGCGCCAAAUGAUGUACCAUUUCGGUACGCUGUUCGGGUUCUGCUGCUAGCAUUGGGCUGCUCUGUAGAAGCCAACACAAAGAUCAUAAAUAGGAGACACGUCAUCUCGGUGUAGCAGCUUUUGUAACAAGCAGUUAGUUGCCAGUUUUGAGAUAGCAUGGGAGAAAGGCUUUAUCAUACAAUUAAACAUUCAUUCCCAUUGAGCUAGAAUCUUAGUUUCUUGCUAUAAGUAAUAGAGUAGGAAAAACAUAUAUUUUUCCUCGAAGUUCAUGGAAGAAUCAUUAGUUAGUUAUAGUGGAAAGAUCAGAAUCUUAAAAGUGUAAAAUGAACAUUUUUAGUACAGAGUAACAGGGAUUACCCUUCACCAAAGCCACUCCAUCAAGGAGUAAGUUAAACGUAGAACAUUUGCAUCUGAGGCUGUUGAAAGCCAGCGUAUCACUAAUCUUAUGCCUGGAAGUUGUGAGUGGGGCUAGCACAGCUAGCAUUAAGGGCUAACUACAAACACAAGCAGAACCCUUAGUCUUGUAACAUCAAAAGCACAAAUGUGCUUUGUUCUGCAAGAUAACUGUUUUUAAGUAAAUUGUUUGGUUUCUUUUCACAGCUUCUGUCACAAAGUUUUAUAAGCACCAAUAGCAGGAACUUUUACAGUGUAUUUAAAAAAAAAAAAA